AAAAAUUAGAUGAUAAUGAAAUUAGUAAUGAAGGUGAUGAAAGUGAUGAAGAUGAAAGUAAAGCAUUGAGAACUAGUUUUGUUUGGGAUUUUUUUAUAACUGAUCAUGAUACAGAAAUAGAUGUUGUUUAUGCAAUUUGUCAAAUAAAUGGUUGUACACGCAAAUAUGCCCAUCAUGGUUCUACAACUAAUUAUACAAAAUAUCUUCGUGAUAAUCAUCAUAUUACUAAUGCUUCAUUAUCUUCAAAAACUCCAGAAGAAAUAAGCAAUCUAAAAUAA